GAUGGUCACGUGCAGCCUGAGCGGUGCGUGGUCACGUGGUGCGGUGGCUCCAGCUCAGCAGCCGCUCGACCGACACUCGCCAAACUGCCGCCGGCGGAGGAAUCGGACGAGGGUGUGACUGCCUACGGUUGAGCAUCUUCUCCGGCGGGUAGGAAGAUUCAAUCCCGCAUUCUUCCCUACAGGUCGACACCAUGAACUACGUGGGGCAGCUGGCAGGCCACGUGCUGGUGACAGUAAAGGAGCUGUACAAGGGGAUUAACCAGGCCACUCUGUCAGGCUGCAUCGACGUGAUCGUGGUCCGACAGCCUGACGGGACGUUCCAGUGCUCCCCUUUUCACGUUCGAUUUGGAAAACUGGGGGUGUUGCGCUCCAAGGAGAAAGUGAUUGAUAUAGAAAUCAACGGGGAGCCUGUGGAGCUACACAUGAAGCUUGGAGACAAUGGAGAGGCCUUUUUUGUUCAAGAGACAGAGGAGCACUACGAGAUCGUCCCAGCCCACCUGGUGACCUCACCCAUCCCCACAGAAGAGGUUCUCUCAAGGAGCAGGGAGCCCAGAUGUGGGGGAUCGGCAGCAGAGAUCAGUCCGCCACUGAGUCCAGAAGACCCGUCCUCUGGGAAUGCCCAGCCCUGCUCCAACUCAGGCGGCAAGAAAAAGAAGAGACGCAGGAGGAAGCACAAAGCUGAGCCACGCAAGGAGGAGCAAACCACCAUGGCUGCAGGUGGAGAGCUGGAGCUGUGUGAGCUCAGUUCAGACGAGGAGCACAAUGCACACAACGGACAGGCAUCUUCACUCUCCAUGAUGAACAACAGCAUGGACCACAGGCAACAUUCCCCCCUCACUGCCCUUGAAUGGGACAGCUACCCUUUCUCUGACGGAGACUGGUCCCCCUGCACUACCAGGGAGAUGUCCGAGCCCAUGUCACCCAAGAGUGACUCCGAGCUGAUGGUGAAGCCGGCAGGGACCGUGCUCAGGGCUGAGUCCCACAUGCAGUGGACAUGGGGGGAGUUUCCAGAAUCCACCAGAGUCAACAAAAAGGACAAAACAGAGCCAAUGCAGUUGACCAUCACUCCCUCGGAGAAUACACAUUUCAGGGUUAUCUUAAGCUCAGAAGCAAUGGAGGAAGAGUCAAGGGAAGGAGAGAGAAACACAGAUCUGAUUUGCAGUAUUGUUAAACCAGAGCCUCGGACCAUCAAACCCAAUCACUGCAGCUGCAAACCACAGCCCCCCGGACAUGAUGCACACAUUGGCGAGCACAAACCGGACCGUUCACAUUUAAUGUGCAGCACUUUAAUCUCUGAGCCAUGUCCCAGUAACUGUGACCCCAACACACACACCACGCGUAAGGCCAGGUGGACGUCUUCGCCACCCAGCCGCAGGGACAGCGGGUCUGCUGCCAGUGGAGGCAGUAACAUGGCUGGAGACUCAGCGGUUUGUGUCACCACAGGUGUCUCCUCCAAACCCACAGACUCCCCCUUCAAGAGGAGAGGUGUGAGGAAGAGGAGCCAGCAUCAGGGACCUGAAGAUAUUUACCUGGAUGAUCUGAAUGCACUUGAGCCUGAUGUCGUUGCCAGGUACUUCCCGAAAAGUGAGUGCGAGCAGGUUCCUAAACACUGGGGGGAGAUGGGCCGGCGCUCUGGAUCCCAGUCGCCACAGUCAGUGGGCAGCGCAGCAGCAGACAGCGGCACCGAGUGUCUGUCCGACUCUGCGGGUGACCUCCCUGACGUUACGUUGUCGCUGUGUGGAGGCGUUGGAGAAAAAUCUGAGAUCUCUAAAGAAAAAUUCACGGAGCACAUCAUCACCUACAAUGAAUUCGCAGAGAAUCCAGCCAUUAUUGACAAUCCUAAUUUGGUGGUCAGGAUUGCAAACAGGUAUUACAACUGGACACUGGCAGCGCCAUUGAUACUCAGUAUGCAAGCUUUUCAGAAGAACUUGCCCAAGGCUACAGAGGAGGCCUGGGUGAAGGAGAAAAUGCCCAAAAAGUCUGGACGCUGGUGGUUCUGGAGAAAGAGCGGCAUGAAACAGUCGUCAUCAGAGACCAAGUCAGAGAGACAGGAGCUGCUGACCAGAGAGAGCCCUGCCCUCCACCAGGCCGCAGAAACACAGAACAAAACAUCUGAGUGGUCCAGUGACGACGAGCCUAAAGAGCUUAAUGCCGCAGCAGCUGCUCUGCUGCCUAUCGAGCGUGUGCAGACAGAAGGCCCGGCACCAGCACCAGCACCAAGUCACUCCUAUAAGAAAUCCCUCCGCCUGUCCUCUGACCAGAUAGCCGGUCUGAAGCUCAGAGAUGGGCCUAAUGAUGUCACCUUCAGCAUAACCACCCAGUACCAGGGGACGUGUCGCUGCAUGGGCACCAUCUACCUGUGGAACUGGGACGACAAGGUUAUAAUCUCCGACAUCGAUGGCACCAUCACCAAAUCAGAUGUGUUUGGUCAGAUUCUGCCUCAGCUUGGUAAAGACUGGACCCAUCGAGGAAUUGCUCGGCUUUACCACUCAGUCCAUGAGAACGGUUACAAGUUCCUGUACUGCUCGGCCCGAGCCAUCGGCAUGGCUGACAUGACGAGGGGAUAUCUGCACUGGGUGAACGACAGGGGGACUCUCCUGCCUCGGGGGCCUCUCAUGCUCUCCCCGAGCAGCCUCUUCUCUGCCUUCCACAGAGAGGUCAUAGAAAAGAAGCCAGAGAAGUUCAAGGUCGAAUGCCUCUCAGACAUCAAGAACCUGUUCUUCCCGAACACACAUCCCUUCUAUGCAGCCUUUGGAAACAGGGACAGUGAUGUCUUUGCGUACAAGCAAGUGGGUGUGCCUGUGUGCCGGAUAUUCACAGUAAAUCCCAAAGGGGAGUUAAUCCUCGAGCAAGCCAAAGGCAAUAAAACAUCUUACAGCCGGCUGAGUGAGCUGGUGGAGCAUGUUUUUCCUUUACGCGGCUCACAACACAGCGCCACCUUCAGCUGCCCAGAGUUCAGCUCCUUCUGCUACUGGAGGCAGCCCAUCGCUGAGGUGUGUUAUGAGCAGCUGCUUUAACUCGGACCGAUGUCAAUGUUACAACUCAACUCAACUCAGAGCAGUAAUCUAUGUACCUGUAAUACACUGGCUUAAUACUGAUGAUAAUGUUUUAAUUCAAAUUCAACAUAUAUUGCUUUUAUAUGGUCUUACACAGAUGCAAGUUAAGGGAAAACUUUUGGGAUUUACAAUGCAGUGAACAGUUUCUGUCUGACUUACAACAAAACAUACGGGACAUGUGUAUUUAAAGCAACUAUGUGAAGGCCUUAUUUACUCUAUCAUGAUGUUAUUCAAUGUAUAGGAAUCUUACAUGUUUGCUGCAAACUAAAGAUUUUUCCACUAUGAUGCUGAAGGAGAAAUGAUUUUGCUCAUACUGUAGGUAAUAACUGCAAUACUGCAAUUUGGGAGGAAAAGGAACUUUGUGAACUGUAGAUGCUGUUGCUAUUAUGUUAUUUCCUAAAUCAAGAUUUAAUGAGAGGCAACCAUUUUGGACAAAUUUUGUAACCAAUUCUUCGAAAGGCUUAUAUCAGACCACAGUAUAAUAUUAAUGUGAUGCCUCAUUUUAUUUUUAUUUUCAUGCUAAGUAACAGCUAUCCGUAAAAUUUCAAAGUCUCCUUUCUAUGAAAGUGAUAAACUUUGUCCGAUAAGAUCACACUAUUUUUUGCGUGUUUCUAGUCAAAUUUUACUUUUCAAUGAAAAACUUUUGCUGCUGCAAGUAUUUUCUGCAGAUUACCUUUUGGUAAUCCAGUCGACAUUAUGACGUCACAGUGUAAGCACAUAUGCAUUCAACUGUUUGAUCUGAUUUGUAUUUGUAAGUCAGUCAGUAUGAGGGGACAGAUCUGGACAGGACUUAUGUGAGGUUUCUCUUUUCAAGUUGUAGAUCUUUGUGUAUAUAAAGUGUAUAUAUAAUAUAUUCACUUAAAAAGUGUUAAAUCAAAAGCCCUUUGUUGGAUACUGCUUUAAUAAAAGCUAAAACUCAA